UAUUGAGAAAGCAAACGGUACCUAGAAACGCAACCUAGAAUUAUUGUUUAGUACUUGACAGAAGUGUGAUGUGUUUGGUUUUUGUGUGUGACAAGGAGGAAAAGGUGUUGGGGAAGCAAAUGGCACCAGGGGCAUGCCCUUAUUGUGGAGGGAUGGUUGAGGCCAUUGAUGUAGAGAGCCAGUGGAGAUUUUGUUUUCUACCCUUAUGUUUUAAGACCAAAACAAAAUACUAUUGUACCAUGUGCACAAGGAGAUUAGAGGUAUUGUCAUCAUAACUGAUUUUGUAAGACACUGUCUGUAAAACCUUCUGUAAUAAUUACAUAGAAGAAAGAUAUCUAUUUUUUUUAUUUUUUUUACUUUUUUUUUCUAUUUAUUUUUUCAAAUGUUGGUGCAUUUAUUACCGAUUAAUACUUUCUUUGAUGACCAUUUUUCACUA